UCCCGCGCCGAACUGGACGAUCGCCAUUUUAGGUCAUCACGCCCGCGUCUUUGGUCAGGCCACAUCCCUCAACAUCGAGGCACUCUACCACAGAGGAAUCUACACUGGUGCCGCCAAACCUCAAGAGGCGUUCUAUAUGUAGACCGUGCAGUCGUCAGCCCCGAAACGCUGCCGCUCAAACAAGGAACCACCGUCACCCUGGACACAGGGAGUGCGUGUGCGCUUGCCGAGCGAUCGUGACUCUGAAACCGCCAGCACGGCCUGUGUGGUCAUCACGCCCACGUCCAUGGUCAGGCCGACUCCCGCGACAUCCAGGUACGCUACCACGGAGGAAUCUACAAUGGUGCCGCCAAACCGGUGUUCUAACGAGACUGCGCAGUCGUCAGCCCUGAAACGUCGCCAAUCGAACAAAGACCCGCCGUCACCCUGGGCAUGGGUAGACGUGGCAGUGCGCGUGCGCCUACUGAGCGAUCGUGGCUCUGAGAUCGCCAGCAUCGUCCGCGUUGUGGACGGCAGGUGCCAUGUGUUCGACCCCAGGGGCGAGGCGGAGUCUUUCCAAUUUCAAGAACAGCGGACAUGUGGGGAUCUCGCCAAGCCCAAUGAAGGCCAAGGCUUCAUGUUUGGUCAGUUAUUUGAUGAAACAAAAUACAAUGUGUAUGCGUUGGAGAGCACCACCAAGGACAUGCUGAUGAUACUCAUUGAAGGGUGCGAUUGCUCUGUAUACACGCGCAUUUCGACCGUCACCAGCAAAACUUUCGCAAUGCUGGGCUCCGAGGAAUGCCCCGGAGUGGUCUCCUUCAUAGCCAGCGAGUUGUACCAGUGCGUGGACAAGCUCCGGUCAGAGGGCCAGACAUGCGACGUAGCAGUCGCCUAUCUGGAAGUCUACAACAAGUUUGUUGGAGACCUGCUGUAUUUUGAUCCGGCCAAGAGCAUUGCCAUAUUGAACUUCAUCAAACACAAUGUGAAGGACGCUGGCACCCUCCUCCAGCUGCUAUUGAAAGGAAACAAGAGCCGGACGCAUCAUGUCACCGAUGCGAAUGCUGAAUCUGCAUGGUCGCACGCCAUCUUCCAGAGCUACGUCGCACUGGCGGAGUAUGUGACAAGCACGAGCAAAGAAAUUCGCGCCUCGAUGUGCUUUAGUGACCUUCCCAGCUUGGAGGGUGCAGCUGCGGCCAGUAGGAACAUAAAGGAUCAGAUGCGCGAGAGUACCAAGCUCAACCCGUCGCUCCUGGCCCUCGGCAACUGCAUCAACGCCUGCUCGAAGAACUGGACGCAGCAAGUUCCGUACCAGGACUCCAAGCUGACCCACAUCCUCAAGGACUCGCUGGGUGCCUCGUGCAAAUCCUCAUGAUUGGGACAGCGACGGCGUUGAAGCUCAGCUCCACGGAAACGUACAACACCCUGUAGUAUACGCUGAGCGGGCCAUGAAGAUCGAGCUGCGGGCCAAGAAGAUUGUGCUCAAUGUGAACGUGCGCAUGUCUAUGCACAGAGAGCGCGCUCUUAGAGGAGUAAAAUGAGAAGGUGGAAGGCUUUAGCAUAAGCUCGAGAAGGUAGAAAGGUGGACGGCUGUAGUGGAGGCUGAAGUGCGAGGGUUCGAAGACCAUCUGGUAGUCAAGUCGCCCUGCUGCGAGCUCGGAAGACCGCAGCGGUAGUGGCAGUGGUCCGUCGAGGUGUAGAGACGUGCUGUCCACAAAUCCCAUCCUGUCGCCCAUCACGGAGAUGGGCCCAGUCUCGGAAUCUCUCGAGCGCUCGAGCCGAGCUCGUUGUGCGUCGCAUAGUGAUCUGCGCUGAGCAACAGGCAUGAUAAAGCAGCAUUUUCGACCCGCUCGGGACUUAUUCGGAGAGCAUCAGUGCGGCUCUGGACUCGUCUUCGAUAAAACUUUUUGGUCGUUUCGUUGAAUCGUAAUUAUUGAUUUAUAAAUAAUAUAUCUAU